ACGAACACACAUAUAUACGCAUAGAGGCACCAUGAACAGGCCAUGCAUUCAAGGCUUAUAACCAAAGAGUAAAAAAAAGAGAGAGCAGAGUGAAGCUGAAAGAAUUGCAAUUUGCAAGGCCCAGAGGAAAAAGAGGAGACUUUGGUCAAUUUCAGUACAUCAAUAUGUCUAUGAAAACAUAAAAGACAGUAUUAUGGCCCAUUCACGAUGAGCGGACAUGGCGUCAUUUUUUCCGGAUCGCUACAAAUGAGUAUGAGGAGUUGCACAUUUACGUGGAAGCUUCAGCGACCCCGCCACAAAAUUUGGCGUUCCACGGAACUCCUGGAGAGGAAGGCCCAUCAUCAAUAUAUGGUCGGAGGAACAACCGCCAAAUGUUUGAGAACUAUGAAUCUCCCGGUGGAUCGUCCCCAAGUCAUAUAAGGGAUCCCCAAGACAUUGCAUACGCUUGUACCGGGAUGACCUAGACCGCAUGACUGAGAGUCAGUUUGAUUUCACUCCCUACGCGUCCGAGAUGCUCCCGCCUCUCAUCCUUAAUGAUGCUCCGCUUUGGUCGGCUAGAGUCAUGCUCAUAUUUUGCAAUAUGGCCGAAAUGCAUUACCCGGAUCGAUUUCUUCGGCAGUUCGGUAUAAGGCAAGACAUUCCGAAUGCUCCUUUGCCGGGUACUGAUCAACACGGAUCUCGUUCCAACAUAGUGAUCGGUGCCUUGGCGAUGUGGGCGGACAUACAACAUAAUAUAUACGUUCUUGAUUAUGAUCGAUAUAUGUCCCUCGAAGCAACUAAAAGGUACCGAAACUGGUACAAGAAGCAUGGUAUGACACGUGUCCAGAACCCUUCUCACAAUGUGCCCACGACAGGCUACACCCCGACAGCACACGAUUGGGGUAUUGUGAAGCAAGGCGUUCACGGGGUGUAUCAGCUCUUAGCCGACCGCGCGAGUUAUGAGGAUUGUCAAAAACGAUUACGGCAGAUGGCCCUGGAUGUAGGUGAUGAAGAUAUGCUCCACCGGGGAAUAUUCCACUAUGAAGAUGAAGAUGCAGGUGGAAGUGACGAAGAGGAUGAUUCACAUGAACGUGAAGAUGGGGGUGAGGAUUCACAAGCGCCCCCUCAAUUCUCAACACAGGGUGUCUCAUUUGAUCAACCACCCCCUCAAUUCUCAACGCAUCAAGGUGGGUCAUUUGAUCAACCACCGCCGUGUUAUGAUUCUUAUCAGUGGUCCACACAACCGGAUGAUUAUGUUGAGUCAUUUCAGAAUUCGUCUUUUUACUAUGGAGACACAACGGGGCCUUGGAACACUGGCGGUGGGGAUGGAGCAGGGCCGAGCACGCAACAUUAGAUGUAGUAUUAAAUUUAAUUUUGUAUGUACCGUCUAUUCAUUAAUAAAUUAUAUUGAAAACUACAUUUGUUUUGUUCACUUCCAUUAAAAUUACAAAAAAAAUUCACUUAAAACAAAAUGAAAUUUUUAUC